CACCCCCUAAACCCAAUUCAGUUCACUCUUCGUUCCUCUCCCUCUAAGCCUUUAGCUGCGGUUACGAAGAGCACUCUUCUCUGCGCGCACUUCUUCAGCCUUCACCACACCGCCCAUCGCACUACCGCCACCGCACAUCUACAUAGACUCCGGCGACGGGUCGACGGCGCUCCCUUCCCAUCCACCACCGCACAUCUGAUUAUCUGAACGAAAAGGGGAUUAGGAGAAAAACGGAAAAGGGAAAACGAAUUCAAGGUUUUACAAAGUUUCAGCGAACCAGACCACUCUUUGGUUUCAGGUUGGCUCCAUCAGGUCACGCUUAUUUCUUUGAUUUCUGAUAACUAGUAACACUUCACUGAUUAGUAAUCAUUUUUUAGCUGCCAUCAUUCACAAACAUAGAUUAAGGUAUAUGUGAUUGUGAAGUCAUUUUUUUAAUAUAAUUUUAGGGUUUUUGUAAGAGGAAACUUGUUUCAUAUUUGUCCUUCAAUGAUUAAGGUUCAAUUUGAAUUUGUUUACAGCAUAUGAGAGAAGCUAAAAUCAAAAUAAGAUUAUAGGUUCUUCAACUACAAAUAAAGUCGUUAUAAACUUGUAUGUGUUUGCGGAGAAGUUAAAUGGGAGAGCUUUUAAAAAUUUGAUAUGAGAAGCUAUUGUUGAGGAAAAUAAAUCGUCGUUAUUGUGGGAUUCUUUUCAUGUUUCAUUUUCCGUAAGUGUUUAUAAAAAACAUUAUCCAAAUCUGGGCCAUUCUAACUAGUGCCCCGCCCCUCAGGCACUAGUUAAGAUGUUGACUACACAAAUUUCAUGAUAGUUUUACUUCUUUUGGUUUCUUAACUAGUGCCCGAGGAGCACCGAUUAGGAUUUUCCUUUUUGUAAAUAUGUAAGUUCAAGCUAUUUAGUAUGACUAGCAAUAAAUAGAUAGACUUUUAAAGCACACCCUUUGGUUUUAUAGGGAUUAUAGCGUUAAUGUAUCCUUAUGCCAAAUAGAUCUAUAAUUGAAUUUUGCGUAUUGGUUGUUUGAGCAGCUUUGCGAUGGAAUGAUUUUCAAUCACGACCCUCCAAAAUGUGCUGACUGCUGGUUGUGCUACGGUGUGGUGCCAUUGUUUAAGUGAAACCAGACACCAUGGCUUCCGCUCCUUCAAAACAUUACACAGAUGACAUCAGCCUCCUCGUCGUUACACUAGACACCAAUCCUUUCUUCUGGUCCACUUUCUCCUUCCACUUCUCUGACUUUCUCUCUCAAGUUCUCGCUUUUCUCAAUUCAAUACUCCUCCUCGGUCAACUCAACCAAGUUGUAGUUAUUGCCACCGGAUGCAAUUCAUGUUCCUACAUUUACGAUUCCUCUUCCGACAGGAACCAUGCUUCCACUAACGGUACAAUGCCUGCGCUUUAUUCCAAUCUUCUUCAUAAUCUUGAUGAAUUUGCCGCUAAGGAUCAGCAAUUGACAACGGAUCAUAAACCGGCAACCGUUCCUUCUUCACUGUUAUCGGGAGCAUUGUCCAUGGCCCUCUGUUAUAUACAGAGAGCUUUUCGUGCAGGACCGAUGCAUCCUCAACCUCGGAUUCUAUGUCUGCACGGAUCUACUGAUGGACCAGAACAGUACGUGGCAAUCAUGAAUGCAAUAUUCUCUGCUCAGCAUUCUUCAGUUCCUGUAGAUUCUUGUUACAUUGGUUCAAACAAUUCUGCAUUCCUUCAGCAGGCUUCAUACAUAACUGGUGGCAUAUAUUACAGGCCUCCCCAAUUGGAAGGGCUUUUUCAAUAUCUUUCAACAGUGUUUGCAACUGAUUUGCAUUCUCGUGAAUAUUUAAGGCUUCCUAAAUCUUUGGGUGUGGAUUUUCGUGCCUCGUGCUUCUGCCAUAAGCAAACAAUUGACAUGGGCUAUGUAUGUUCUGUAUGCUUAUCCAUAUUCUGUGAGCAUCACGACAAGUGCUCAACCUGUAGCUCUGUAUUUGGCCAGGCUCAAUCUGAUGUUGCCUCAGCAGACAGUCGGAAAAGAAAGGCUUCUUAAUGUUUCCGGGUUUAUAAUACUUAUUUUGUCAUGUUCUCAAGAGAGCUUAUCUGUUAAGUCUCUCUUGAUCUCUUCCAUAUAUGUAUCUUAAUGAAAUUUUGGCAUCAAAUUCCGUUUGCGCCUGUCUUGGCGGGAAGCUCAGGUUAGUUAUGGAGAUCAGCAUCAAUUGGGACAACAUUAACAAAACUGCAGGCUCUCUUCAUAUGGGAGGGAGCUGCAUAACAGGCUUUUGUCUGAAAGGUUUCAUGCAUUUGGAAGGCUAUGAUUUGCAUGAUGUUCAAAUCGUCUAAUGAACUCUUUCCUUUUGAUGCAUCUAUCACUUUAUGAUGAUAAUGAGCUAUCAUGAAUUUUUGUUGUGUCAAAAAGUGAGCUAUGUUUAAAGGUGUCUAAUGAUGGCAACUGAUGACAUAGUAAAGAAAGUGUGUCGAUGGCUUUAUAAACAGAUGUCUGAUCUCCGACCUGAAUUGAUUUAUAUCCUUUAUACUUGGAAUGAUGAGUUAUCCUAGAAUUUAACAAGAUCCAAUGAAAUAGAGUUAUCUUCUUUCUGAGACAAUUGUUACCUAAAUCACUGACCUUGGCUAUGGUUUCUUGUCGAUCGGUUACUCUUCACCGAUCUUAGCAAUAACACAAAGGAAUUGGCCUUAUAUAAUGAAGUUAUUAUUCAAUUUA